AUGGAUGAGCCAAUCACGGAACUCGAAAUCAGCCCGGCAGUGUCCGAGAACUCAAGGCACGCCUACUGGAUGAAGCAGGCCCUGCUGAUGGGAGAGAAAGCUCUCCAGGUUGGGGAAACUCCAGUCGGGUGUGUGCUGGUGCAUGAUGACCAGCUUGUGGGAUCGGGCAUGAAUGAUACCAACCGAUCGCUGAACGGAACCCGGCAUGCUGAGUUUCUUGCGAUCGCAGAACUACUCCAGAGCCACCCCAAGUCUCUUCUCCAAUCCACCGAUCUCUACGUGACCGUGGAGCCAUGUGUGAUGUGUGCCUCAGCCCUCAAGCAGUACCGUAUUCGAAGUGUGUACUUUGGUUGUGCUAAUGACCGAUUUGGUGGAACGGGAGGAGUGCUGUCGCUUCAUUCGGACCGCUCAAUUGACCCACCCUACCUGGUGUAUGGUGGGCUAUUCCAGAAAGAAGCCAUCAUGCUUCUCCGGCGUUUCUACAUCCAAGAAAACGAGAAAGCACCCAACCCCCGACCGAAAAAGAACCGCGAAUUGAAUACCGCGUUUGACGAGCAGAACGAGAAUGAAGGUGAGAAUGACGGGAAUGUUCUGCUGGCACCAUAG